GAGAGGGAACUGAGGUAUUCAUCAGCGUAUAAGUCGGUAGGUAUUACCAGUGUUAGCAGUUUUUGACGGUGGUGACUAACGUGACAUCGGAAACAUGGAAGACGUACUGGACGAGGUGGUUUCUUCUGAAGAUUUAAAGAAAUUCGAAAGAGUUUAUCACGAACAGCUGCACGCUUCAAAUGUUACCCAAAAUGCACAGUUUGAAUAUGCAUGGUGUUUGGUCAGAAGCAAGUACUCGGCAGAUAUUCGAAAAGGAAUUAUCUUGCUUGAAGAUUUGUUCAACAAAGAAGGAGAGGCGCUAAAACGUGACUGCAUAUACUACCUAGCGAUUGGAAAUGCUAGAAUAAAAGAAUACACCAAAGCUUUGUCAUAUGUGAGAGCGUUUCUGCAAAUUGAACCAGGCAACCAGCAGGUCCAGCAUUUAGAAACGACAAUAAAAAAGAAAAUGGAAAAGGAGGGACUUGUUGGCAUGGCAGUAGCUGGAGGAGUAAUAAUUGGACUUGCAAGUAUUUUGGGAUUAGGAAUUGCAAUGGCAAAGAAGGGUUAAUGAACACUGUCAGAGUCUGUGCAUCGUCAACAAUGUUUAAUGGCAAACGAUGUACAGCAGAUAGAGUGAUAACUUUUGAGUAAAAAAUUACGCUGAUACACAUAUAGUGAUGAUCUUUGCGUAAUACGAAUUAAAAAUAAAUGUAUUUUCUUUCCAUCAUUUCGUUUCGAUUUUCAAUUUAGGUGAAAUAAAAAUCGCCUUCCAUGUUUUUAUACUUAUAUAUUUAAACUGAUUUUUAGUAGUGUAAUUUGAAAAAUUAAUUUCUUAAAAAAUGUUACCGCAUCACGAAUUACAGUUCGUAUUAUUCAAAAAUAGGCGGUUAACGUCACAAUAAUUCCGUAGUAGUUAUGGAUGCUUGUUUUGGAUACAUUCCAAAAUCUUUAGCAAUGCAUUAUCCUCUUAUUGUAUAGCUUCCUUGACUUUAUUUAAAUGUUACAUUAAAAAAAAAUCUUGUCUCAAUUUGUACGCGUAAAUUAAUAUAUAAAUCGACUAUUCGUACUAUAGUAGAUAUAUUUAUGCUAUUUUUAGGCUGUGUAUAUAAGAAUGAAGUUACAGUGUGAAAUGAUCAUAUCUAUGUUAUUUACGGAACCCUAAAUAAAAUCUGUGUUUCAUUCAGUUACCAACACAGACAAA